UCCGGACGGUAUCGUUUCGGUUCUUUUGUUCUCGCUUGUGAUAUUGGUGCCAAAGGAUGCGUUCGUGGGUUAUUUUGAUCGUCUCGUCGGCACUGGUUGCCGUUAGUCAAGCAGCCAUCUACCCGUGGAUACCCUUUGCACCAUGGUGGGUACGAGCACCGGACAAGGAUACUCCAGCUGCGGUCAAUAUUCAGCAACAUGGAGGAAACUAUCAUCUGAGUACCGUUGAAGGAAAAGCAUAUCAUGCUCUAGCUCCGGCACAUGUCUUUCAACCACCUGUAACCGCUGUCCAUGUUCAGGCAGUUCCAUCUGCAUCUCUUCAGUAUCUUCGUAAUGGGCAAGCUAUACUACUACUAUCUCCUCCGACCGCACCGGCAGGACAGCAAGCAGUCGCGGAUGGGGCGCCAGAUGCAGGAACAACCGCUGUGGAGGAAGAACCGACGGAGCCUAGCAAUGAUGCUGAUCAGGAUGAGCCAAGAGAACCGGCUCCGGUUACCGAGCAACCAGAAGAAAAUGAGGCGACAGAAAGCACCUAGAUAUUUUGAAUAGUGAAUCUUAGUUAUGUCAGUGUAAAAUGUGUUCUGGCAAGUGUUCAGUUUAUCCUUAAAAUAAUUUUGGUAAUUUUGAUGUUUAUGGAAACUGGCAUUAAAAAAUAAAGCUAAACGAAAUCGUUUCAUUAAACAAAUUACAAAACAUACGGUUUUGAAUGUUCCGUUGACCUAAAAACACAGUGAGGAAAGUCCGAGGAAGUCUGAUUAGUUUCGACUAAGAGCAGAGCUGUGAUUAUUUUGAAAGGGCGGUAGCCUAGCGUUGCAAAUCAUUUGUGAUUUCGAGCAUUUCAUUUGAUUCCAUUUGGAGCAUUUCUAGAUAGAGCUGGAAUUAGGGCGUAACAGCUUUUGUAAACAAUGACUUCUUUCGUUGAUGUCUAGAAAGUUAAGGCUCGCAAAUCAACAUCACCUUUGGGUAGGGCAAGACUUCCUCUACCCGACGGUUAUAUUGGUUUGCGUGGGCGUGCCUUGAGUUCCUUGAAAUCAUCGAUAGAAGACAUCAUUUUCAAAGGCUGUUACGCCCUAAUUCCAGCUCUACCCAGAUUUGUUCACAUUGAACUUUUUAAAAGCAAAUGUCCCUACCAAACAGGCACAAUCCGUAUGAAUAAUCUAGAACUGUGUACCUGAA